UUUUCAUAAGUAUACAAAAUUAGUACGACAUAAAAUUGUCAGGGUGCCAUAAACUUUCUUUAAAAAUUGCCAACAAAAACCAAUGUUUCAUGAAUAUAAUGGUAGGUAAUUAGAUUAUUUUUAGUUACUUCCUACUGUGAACUAAAUAAUUGUACAUGUCACCUUCUUCAGCAAAUUAUUAUCUAAACAAUAUAUGGUGAUAAAUUUAAGAUUAUCGAUAAUUUUUGUUAUAAAAGUAAAUAAUUCGCCAGUAAUAUGUAGUCAUUGUUCGAGGGUGUUUAAAGUUCGAGGGUAAAGACUAAAGACGCGUCCAAAAACUGUCCAUAAAACGAGUUAACGAUGGCUGAUCCCAGGCGAAGUAACAUAGCAAUACCAAGUGACGCUGGAAUAUUUUACUUAAAUGAAUUAACACAUCGCCUGGUCGCGAAAACUGGAAUACCUGACGACAGGCACCAUUUGGGAAAGAUCAUAUUGGAAAAUCUAAGAGAUAAAAACAAUUCAGAUUUUGUGCUGCAAAUAGACGGAGCUACUGGGGAGUCAGAGACCUUCGGAUCAGUAUUAAAGAGAUCAGUGCAAUGUGCUAACGGGCUCAGAAAACUGGGUCUUAAGACCGGUGACGUCAUUAUCUUAAUGGCACCAAACCAUUUGGACUUGGCCAUUCCGUUCUACGCAGCCUUGUAUCUUGGUAUUACUAUUGCUCCUAUUGACACAUUGUUAAGAGUCAAUGAGCUCGGAGACACAUUUCGCAUUGAUGUCCCAAAAGUAAUAUUCUGCCAAAAUGAAAAACUAUCUGACGUUCUGGCAGCUUCCGAGGUAUUAGAGGAAAAACCAAAAGUUAUUACUUUUGACAAAAGCGAUCGAGUACUUAGCUUCGCGGACUUUCUCAAAAACCAUGGCAACGACGUCAGUGUUGAAGAUUUCAGGGCUUCCGAUUUCUCGCCAAGGUCUACACUAGCAAUUCUAGUAACCACCAGUGGCACCACAGGCAAACCCAAAUCAGCCGCCGUUACACAUAAAAGUUUUGUGAUGUCUAUGAUGUACUUGUGGCAGAUCUCUUCUACGUUUCCGACACCGACAAGAUUACCACUAAUCAUAUCUCCAAUUCAAUGGCUGUCAGCGAUUGUACAUUUCUUGGGCUCACCAGUCUUUAAGUACACUCGACUGCAAUCUACCAAGACAGUGACGCAAGAACACGCUUACUUCUUGAUAAACAAAUACAGACCAUCAUAUAUUAUUUCAAGCCCUACAAUGUUAACAACCCUUAUAAAACCUGGUGAUAGAGAGAAAUGUGAUUUUUCAUGUUUCGAAACAAUAUUUAUUGGCGGAGGUGCGGUACCUAAUAAACUUAUGGAAGAUGUGAAGAUAUUAAUACCUAACGUGAAAGUAACCAAUGGUUAUGGUAUGAGUGAAGCUGUUGGAAUGGUACUGCAAGCAAUUGGUUCUGUCCCCGGCUCUUGUGGGAAACCUUAUGGGCCAUUCCAAUAUAAGUUGGUAGAUCCUAUAACUGGUGAAGAUAUAUAUGAACCGAACAAACCCGGAGAGUUGAGGCUUCAAAGCGAAGUUCUUUUUGCGGGUUAUUAUAAUGAUCCUGAAGCGACAGCAGCAAUUUUCGAAGACGGAUGGUUGAAGACAGGAGACAUCUUCUACCGAGAUGAAAAUUGGAACUUCUUCUUCGUGGAUCGAUUGAAACUGUUGCUUAAGUACAGAAAUCAUCAAAUCUCGCCAGUGGAAGUGGAGGGUGUGAUCCGACAGCAUCCGAGCGUGUUGGACGUGGCGGUGGUGGGGAUACCAGACCCCGAGUGCGGAGACUUGCCGGUAGCUUGCGUGGUGCCUAAACCGGGACACACUAUAGUUCCGCAACAAAUCAAGGAUUUAGUCAAAAACACGUUAGCGGAUUCAAAGCAGCUGAGAGGCGGAGUGAACGUGAUGAGGGAGCUGCCUCUCACCGCCACUACUAAACUGCACAGACAAAAACUUAAUCAAAUGGUCCUCACCGCGCAGAGAGAAUAAAAAUAAUUAUUUAUCAAUACAUAAUAAAACCGUAGAAAUCA